CGACUUAUACGUUCGCUCAGUGAACGCAUUCGCAUUCGAAACUCGAAAGUCAUGUACCAUCCCAAUUUGCUGUGAGUAAAGGAAAUAAUCAGACUUAUUAGACUUUCUCGUUCGUGUCUCUAUUGAUGGCUUUCAAUCAAGCGAGUCUAGUGCGAAAUUGAAAUUUGUGUCUGCCUUUGCAAUUACCUACCUGCAGGUGAACGUAUCCUACAGUCUCGGUUUGUAUGCAGUGGACAAAGAAGUUUAGUGUUUUUGCAACGUACGUACAGUACACAAAUUGGCUUAGUGGUGAUACUUUCCUCGAAGGCGACAUUGACGAGGAAAUCGUGCAACCACAACCUCAAGGUUCAUGCGUUUUACACUCACGGUAGAAUUAGUGUGUAGUCUGUGUGCAAGUUCUGACACAUUUCGGUCGAAAAAAUCAAUGCCCUCUUGGUAGAAUCGGUUCUGCUCGGCGAUAGUCGUUCUCCCGUACAGGGGACUGCACAAACAAGGAAGGAAAAUGUCGUUGCGAGCUAUACAGAAACGAGACAGAAACAAAUUAUCAUCUGCGCAACAAAAACAGAAUCUCUUUAUCAACAAAAGUCGAAGCUUCGUCGUCGAAGUAAGUUCAACAGGCGCAGUUGGCAGCAUUAAUAACAGCAGUAGUGUUGGUGCUAACGCUGCUGUUAGUGGACACGGUAACUAUCAACAUCAGCACCUGCAACAAGAUCAUCACCCGAGCAGCAGAAAUGAUAAGUGGAGAAAUUCAAGUACCACCAGCAUAACUUCCUCGACGGCCACCGGAGGUCUGCCGCUAAGUAACAAGAAACGCUCUACUUCCUGUCCGAGUUUGCAGAAACGCAUUCCACACUAUUCGCCGCUUCGGUUCACGAAGUCCGAAUCCGAUCUGGACGGUGCGUCGGGUCCGGGCGGAACGCGAACCUCGGCGGGUGCUGGUGGACACAUCUCGGCGGCGACCGACGAUCCGUUCGAUAGUUUCAGUGGUAAUAAUCUCUACCUGGGCGCCAAGUCCGAAGUGUGCCUCAAAACGUUGGCAGUGAAAAGUACCAACCAACCGCGGGCGCCAUUCCAGAACAGAAACAGCAACAGCUCUGCUGCCGCGGGGAACCGCCCUAGGAUGUACGAGAGCAGUCGUAGGCAAUCGGUGGACGCAGGCGUAACCGAACCGGGCCGGAGUGAAAAGUAUACCGGAUUCAGUGGCAAUAACAAUAACAAUAUCGCGCUGAGAAUUCCAAUCAUCGGCUAUGAGGUCAUGGAGGAGCGAGCCAGGUUCACUAUCUUCAAGCUUCGCAUCGAAAACAGCAUCUCACACACCUGUUGGUUGGUUCUGCGGCGCUAUACCGACUUUGUGCGGCUGCACAUCACCCUGCGGACGAUGUUUCCCCACUGCAACCUAGUACUGCCGAAGAAGAAAUGGUUCGGAAACAACUUCAACAGCGGCUUCAUCGACAACCGAAUACAGGGGCUGCAGAAGUUCAUCAACAUCAUCCUGGACGAUGGGGCGAUGCGAACUUGCCCGGCCGUGCGGGAGUUCUUCUGCUUGGAUGAACCACCAACCUACUCGGAGAGUAUGGAAGAAUCUCGGAUAAUUUUUGAAGCACAGGAAGAAACCAUAUCUCAUCUGAAGCAACAGCUCCAGACCAAAGAUGAACUAAUUGAGGCCCUGCAGGCCAAGGUAGCUAGCGAAGUCAAUAGGAAUAAGGUGUUAACCAAUAUUAUACGCAAUAGUUUCGAAAACUGUUCCAAGUGUGCGAAGCAGCUGGACAAUCAUUUGAAAGAAUCUACUUACAAAUAAAAUUGUAGACUGAACGCAAAUUGCACAUACACACAAAUAUGAUAUUCGCCUAGUUAGGAUAUACUACUACUAGCAACUGAACGAAUGCCUUGAACGUGAACAAGAAGCAAUUAACAAGUGUCUAGGUUAUAUGUUUUUGUUAAUAAUUAUACAGUUGACCCAUUUCGAGAUCAAGUUAGAUACCAUAUUAUACAAGCACUAAAUAUUUUAAGGCUGCAGCAGCUACCACACUAAUGACAUUUGAACGGUAAGAAAAAUACAGUUAAAA